ACAACCUCUGACUUCAAUUCUAUUUUCCUAUAAUUUUAGCUAAAUAGUUAGGGCUUGAUUCUCCAUUUCUUCCAAAAUUAAAAAAAAAAAAAAAUUGCAUUCUGAGAUCAGUUCAGAGGUUUUACCUUUGUGUCUUCUCUUUCGCGGAGUACCCAAGGAACCAAUACUCGAACACCAUGAAACUUCUCAUCAAUCCCGAACCCUUUCUCUCCCCACCCAACUCCAUUUUCCCAACCACCAACGCUCCACACUCCACGCGCCUCCCAUUCCCCAAGCUCACUCGCCGCCGCUGGAUCCGCCCCAGCCUCUCUUCCUCGCCGCCGCCGAGGGCCGCGCUGGCCUGGGCCGCCAUCGAGCAAUUCGGGCUUCCCGAGUUCCACGUCCGGAACCCCUCGCUGUCUUCCUCCUAUCGCGGCCCGGCAUUGCCCAGGCCCAACCAGACGGUGCUGGAGGCCCAAGCUAGGGUUUGCACCGGCCCAACCCAGACUCGCCCCCUCGACGAACACCAAGCCUUCAAGGUCUUCGACACCAUCCUCAGAUCAGCUAGGGGAGAAAUGAAAGAUGAGGAACAAGUUUCUAAAGCACAACUUGGGGCGUUUUUUGCGGGGAUGACAAUCCGUGCAAAUGCAUUUCCUGAGGCAACACAAUGGAGUGAAGGGGAAACACGUGCAAUGAAGAUAUUCUGGCCGCUUUUGGUUAGGGUGCUUCCGCCUGAUGUGAUCUUCAUUGCAGACCCAGAAGGGCUGAUGAUGGGUGUGGGAAGUUCAAUUGGGCCGCAAUAUGUUGGCAAUGGCACCAGUGAGAUGCGUUUGGUUGGCGCUCUUAGGGAGGUGUUGGCUGGUGGCCAUCUUGGAUUUGAGGAAGUGCAAGGUGUGUUAAAGGAUGUCCUUCCCCUACAGGAGGGAGAUGAAAAGCCUCAGGGAGUAAGUGAGGCUUUGCUUUCUGCAUUUUUAAUAGGUCAACGCAUGAACCGCGAAACUGACCGCGAAUUAAAAGCAUACUGCCUUGCAUUUGAUGAUGAAAUUGGCCCCCCUCCUGUUGCUGAUGUCAGAUCAUUGACUCAUUAUGGUGAACCAUAUGAUGGUAACACACGCUUCUUCAGGAGUACGUUAUUCGUUGCUGCUGUUAGAUCUUGCUAUGGAGAAUCUUGCUUGCUUCAUGGUGUAGAGUGGAUGGCACCUAAGGGGGGUGUAACUGAAGAGCAGAUGUUGAAGUUUAUGGGGGCAAAUAUAAACUUAUCCCCUUUCAAGGCCAAAAAACUUCUUGAGGAUGAUGAAGUUGGUUUUGCUUAUGUAAGUCAGCGUGAAGCUCGCCCAUCUCUCCACUCUUUAAUUAGAAUAAGGGAGCACAUAAAGAAACGCCCUCCGCUGGCUACAAGUGAAAAAGUUCAGCAAUAUGUAAAGGCAAGUGGUAAGGAAUCUAUUGUGGCUGGAUUUUAUCAUGAAGGUUAUGAAGAGCCAUUGUUGAUGCUUAUGAAAAGAAGGGGAGUGCAUUCAGGUUUGGUAGUGAAGGGAGAAGAAGGGGGCCUUUCAAUGACUACAAGAUUGCGAUCAGCUAACACAACUAGGGGACUUCCUGUGAACUACUGUUCAGGGUUUCGUGCACUUGACAUUUCGUCCCCAUCUGAACUUGGUGGAGUAACACGUCAAGGUUUUAGUCUUGAGGUCAAUGCCAAGGAUUACGGUUUCCAACCCACAGACACACCAAGAACUGAUAGAUCUGUCUCAAAGAACAUUGAAUUGGGUUUAGCUGCUCUUCGUGGAGAAAAAGGACCAGCAUAUGACCGAAUUGUCUUGAACGCCGGAGUUGUGGAUCACUUGCUUGGAGUUGAUGGUGCAGAAGAUAUAUCUGCAGCCCUUGAUAGAGCCAGAGAGGCCAUUGACAGUGGUAAUGCUCUGAAACGACUCCUAAACUAUAUCAAGGUCUCCCACAAAAUUGGUUGAAUUAUUUUAUCAUUGCAAAAUACUUCGUGUACUUGAACAUGUGAGGGAUUAAAGGGGAAAGAAAACCUAAGAUGGGCUCCCCCUUGUUGAUCCCAAGGAUGAAGGAAGAAAAUAUUGGAGAGACUUGAGAGUUUUUUCUUUUUACUCAUCAGUUUUGAGGAUUUGAUUACGCUUGUAAACAAUCUCCAAUAUGCUCAGAAACCACAGAUAGCUGCUUUUGUAAUUAAAAUGACAUAAUAUUAGAAUAUUUUGUGCAUUGCUUUUUGGAAGUUGAA